CCCGUGCAGACUUUGCAGGAUGAGCAAACAGUAUUCGUCUGUGAGUCCCAAAGACAACGCGGUCCUGAGCGUGAUCACGGAACCGGAAUACAAGCCCAAGAAACGACGCUACGUACGCAAAGAUGGCAGCUGCCACAUCGACUUCCGUCACGUCCCAGAAGAGUGGCUUCUCUACGUGACGGACAUCUUCACCACCUUGGUGGAGAUCCGAUGGAGGGUCAUGUUUCUCACGUUCGCCCUCUCCUACAUCCUGUCCUGGCUCUUCUUUGGCAUCCUGUACUGGAUCAUAGCGCUGGCCAAUGGGGAUAUAAAAGACCCCACCAAUGACCCUUGUGUGUAUGAGGUGCGCAGCUUCACCGCUGCCUUUCUGUUCUCUCUGGAGACCCAAACCACCAUCGGCUACGGGUUCAGGGGCAUGUCGGAGAACUGCAUGGUGGCCAUUAUCGUUGUCACCGUGCAAGAUGUCAUCAGCUGCUUCAUCGACACCUUCGUCAUCGGCAUUGCCGUCGCCAAGAUGGCGUCCGCCCGGAAGAGGGCCCAGACAGUGGGUUUCAGCAACACCGCCGUCAUCAACCUCCGGGACGGCUUCCUGUGUCUGUGCUGGCGAAUCGGAGACUUCCGCAGGCACCACGUGGUGGAGGGGACGGCCCGCGCUCAGAUCAUCCGCACCACGAUGCACACCACAGGAAAGGUCGACAUGACCUACAGAGACCUGAAGAUCAAUCAGAGUGAAAUCAUCCUGACAACGCCCGCCACUGUCUUCCACAGAAUAGAGGCCGGAAGCCCCCUGUACAGUAUGGGUCUGGAGGACCUUCGAAAGGAGGAUUUUGAACUGGUCAUGUCUUUCACCUACACGGACGACUCGUCUGGCAUCCUGCAUCAGACCCGCACCUCCUACAUGCCCGACGAAAUCUACUGGGGCCAGCUGUUCCAGGACAUGCUCCUGGUCAACAGGAAGUAUUACAAGGUGGAUUACUCCAUGUUCCACCACACAGCUAAGGUCCUGGUGCCGGAGGUCAGUGCUGAGGAGUUCGACCGCAAGAAACUGAUAAAGCCUUCUCCGCGAGGCACCCCACUACACACCCCGCGGCCCUCACCUAGGCCCUCACCUAGGCCCUCACCUAGGCCCUCACCUAGACCUUCACCACUGUCCCCCCGGUCGAACUUCCAGGAUCAGCAUUUGAAACCCCCCACGGUGACGGUGGAACUUGUGAACGGCAAUGUCACUGAAGCUGAGAUGGUUUCUUCCAGGACAACAACUAAUGAGAAGCAACAGCACCACGACACACUGUCCCCAACUACGACCUUUACUGAAGACAGUUUGUAGAUACUCUGUCAAGAGGUUGCCGGUUCGAUUCCCGGCCGUGCUAAAUGACGUUGUGUCCUUGGGCAAGGCACUUCACCCUACUUGCUUCAGGGAGAAUGUCCCUGUACUUACUGUAAGUCGCUCUGGAUAAGAGCGUCUGCUAAAAUGACUAAAUGUAAAAUGUAAAUGUAAGACGUGCCAAUAAUUGCUAACAUUGACCCUUCAGAAUCGUAGUCUAUGCGUGCUCUCUACCAAUGGACAUUUCCCAAUAGAAACGUACAUACUGAAUUCACACUGUAACACAGGUAGAAACGCUGGCAUUCAAUUAGAGUAAGUCGAAAUGUCGUUCUUCUAAAUAUUAAAUAGACACUGUCAAGGAAUUCAUGUAAAUAACUGAAUGGCUCAAAAUUACGAUUAUGAUGAAAAAUACAUUUUGUACAUUUGUCUUGUGUUAAGUCAAACAAAAUUGUACAGCGAUGACUUGUUAUGACUGUGUUCUUGUACAAUACAAUGUUCAAACAUUGUAUUGUACAAGAUGAGCUGGGAAAACGUUUAUCAUAUUAAAAUCCCCUUCUCCUGAAUAUUAAUGAGCUGGUGAUUCAGAGGUGGGAGUCUAACAUUAACUGUGUGGGAGUCUGUUGGCUGAGUGGUUAGGGAAUCGGGCUAGUAAUCCGAAGGUUGCCAGUUCGAUUCCCGGUCAUGCCAACUGACGUUGUGUCCUUGGGCAAGGCACUUCACCCUACUUGCCUCGGGGGGAAUGUCCCUGUACUUACUGUGUCGCUCUGGAUAAGAGCGUCUGCUAAAUGUAAAUGUAAACUGUCAGCAAGCAUUACCUUGUGUACAGUAUGUGACUCAGAGUCAAGCACAGAGGUACAAGAACAUUCCAGAUGUUUUAGGUUCUUCUGUCGAAUGGUUGUCAUCUUCAUAAACAUGCACAGGUCUUGUCAUAAUCUCAGAAUUUAGUUGAAUGCUCACAUGUUAGCCUUGGUUGAAUGAUAACCUUCGUGCCUGUGUAAGUAGAGUCCACAUCAUACCCUCAUGUCUAGAUUACACGACACAUUACCAGGCAACUCAUUUGA